AUGAAUAAAAAAUUAUUUGUUCUUUUAAUUUAAGCCCUUCUCUUAGCAACAAUUUUUGCUCAAUCUGAAUAAUAUGAUUAUUUGGAAAAACAAUCUGAUCAAGCUUUGAAAGACCUUUAAUCUAUCUAAGACACUGUUUCAAAUUUGCAUAUUGCUGCUUUUAAUGCUAAGAGUUUAUAGGAAGCUAUAGAAGUUUAUAAUAUAAUUUUAUAUGUUAAAGAAAAAGCUCAAGAUGCUGUUGAUAUUGCUAAAGUUGCUGAUAAAGAAUUAAAUAAAAAUAUUGCAAGUAAUUAAGUAAAUCGUUCAUAUUUAACUUAAACGAUGAAUGAUUUAUAAGAAGCUUUAAAUAAUGCAGAUAGUGAUGAUAAAAAGGAAUAAUUAAAUGAAGAUAUUAAAAGUACUUAAAACUAUAUCGAAGAUAUUAACUAACUUAUUCUAAAUGAGAUUAAAACUUCUUAAAAACUUAGAGAUGCCUCAUAAGAAGCCUAGAAUAUUUAUGGUGAUAUUGAAAAAGCUAUUGAUGAAAUUGAGUAAAUUUUAUAAUAAAAAUAAAAAAAAUAUACUGAUGAAGAAGCUAAGAAGGUUGAAGAAGCAAACAAUGCUAAAGAAGAAGAAGCUAAGAAUGCUAAAGAAGAAGAAGCUAAGAAUGCUAAAGAAAAAGAAGCUAAGGAUGCUAAAGAAGAAGAAGCUAAGAAUGCUAAAGAAGAAGAAGCUAAGAAUGCUAAAGAAGAAGAAGCUAAGAAUGAUAAAGAAGAAGAAGCUAAGAAGGCUAAAGAAGAAGAAGCUAAGAAUGCUAAAGAAGAAGAAGCUAAGAAUGCUAAAGAAAAAGAAGCUAAGGAUGCUAAAGAAGAAGAAGCUAAGAAUGCUAAAGAAGAAGAAGCUAAGAAUGCUAAAGAAGAAGAAGCUAAGAAUGCUAAAGAAGAAGAAGCUAAGAAUGCUAAAGAAGAAGAAGCUAAGAAUGCUAAAGAAGAAGAAGCUAAGAAUGCUAAAGAAGAAGAAGCUAAGAAUGAUAAAGAAGAAGAAGCUAAGAAGGCUAAAGAAGCAAACAAUGCUUAAGAAGAAGCUAAAAAGGCAGAAUCUAAAGUUAGCACUAAUCCUUCUUCUGGAAAGGUUAUGUAAUUCGCUUUAGCUUUUACUGCAGUUUUACUUACUUUCUGA